AUGUUAGUCGCCCUUCUCGCCGCCGAGGCUCUAGUCGGGCCGCCUAGAGUUGCCGCGGGCGGCCCCAGGAUGCUCUGCGCCCAGCCAGCCGAGUCGGCAGAAGACGCGGCCAAGGCUGCGUGGCUGGCCAGGCAGGCGCAGCCGGCGUGGAGAAUGGGGCCGCCAACGCCACACGUAGCUCCCGCUGAGCCUGAAGCCUCGAGCAACGACGAGAUCGAGGCUGCCUCCGAGUCUGGUGCGGAGGUAACUGCGGCGACGCAGCCUGACACUCCAACGCCCGGUUCGGCGGUGGAUGACGGUGGAUUUGCGGAGGAUGAUGGUGGAUUUGCGGGGGAUAACGGUGGCCUAUCGGCGAGGGUGGGCACGCUCGAGCGCGAUCUGAGCGAGGCGAGCGAGGUUCUCGUCGGGCUGGUGGAGCAGGUGAGCGAGGUGACUCAGCAGGUGAACGGCGCUCUCCAGACGGCAGUCGCGGGGGCGAGAGCGGAGAAGGAGGCGGCGGCUGAGGCGAGGGCGCGCGAGGACGCGCUGUCGCAGCGGCUCGCGACGAUUGAGGCGCGGUUGGCUGCAGUCGAGGCGGCGGCAGACACUGCAAAGCCCCCGCAGCCGCAGCCGCCGCAGCCGCCGCUGCCGCCAGCCGGGUUGACGCCGGCGCAGAAGAUUGCGGCGAUGGCGCGGCCGUCUCAGAGCGCCGUGGCGGCGAGCGAGUGGCCGACGACAAGGAUGCCAGCGUCAGAGGCGGCGGUGCCGGGGUCGGCCGC